UGAAUGCGCAACUGGAUUUUGUUGAUACUUGGAGGAGUUAGCGUGGGUAGCUUAGGUGUUCUUGGAGAUGGCUCGAAACUUUGGUUGAUUAUUGACAAGUUUACUCGCGCGGCUCUACAUAUUCUUGGCAGAAAUUCUUUUAGUGAAGUUGAUUUUCAAGAACCAAGCUAUUCAUCCUCACGAAUCCGUGUUUUGAUUGAAGAAAUAAAUAGACUUUCUAAUGAUGUUACAAAGACCCUUAGUUUUCUGGAAGAAAGACCCCAUCAUAUAGUAUGUCAGCCAGGGUUUUCUUCUUCGACAGUUGUAAACUUGAAAACAGUGUCUUUCUUAUUUGGAGCUAUUAUUAUCUGCCCACUGGUCUUGAAAAGGUUUUUGGGGUUUCAAAUAUUUGGCUUUUGGUACGUCACAAAGAGCUGUUUCGCUACUACAACAGAGAAGUGGCUAAACAGUGUCAAUUCUGUCGCAAAUACAGUGAAGCAACUUUACGAUCAUGUGCACAACUGUACUUCCCGAGUUAGUAAUCGAAUAGAAAAGAAUCAGAAAGACAUACAGCAGAAAUUUGAAACCAAUACUGAAGACUGUAGGCGUAAUAUUUCUGUCAUUACUGACGAUCUUCUCGGUUUACGAGAAAAUCUUGGCAAAAUUAGUUUGGCAUUGGAUAAUAUUCAUGGCAGUGCAGCAUUAACGAACAAAGGAAUUGAGAUGUUAUGUCAUUUUGUUCUACAAAAAACUCGUUAUCACUUAUCUGAAGAUACUUUUAUUGAACAAACAGUCAUUAAAGAACUAAGAGACAUGACGAAUUGUCUACAAUGGCAAAGAGAUGAGGAGAAGUAUCCAACUCCGCGCAAGUCUUCGUAGCGGGAAUGAAGUAAUGGAAAGUUUU